CACACUGAGCAAAGAGACUGCUUAAGAUUCUCUCUCUCUCUCCCUCUGCCCCCUCCCCUGCGCUUUCUCUCUAAAAUAAAAUGAAAAAUUUUUUUAGAAACUUAAUGAAAGCCAAUGAUAAAGUACCUCAAAGAGUUUUACCAUCAGCAUUAUGAACCCCAAGUCCAUAAAAACCUGAGUUCUCUUGCUUGGACCAAGUAAGUCACAUAGCCAAACCCGGAGUCAUUGUGGGAGGGAACCAGGACAAAUCAAAAAUUCUGGGAGCCAUGAUUUAUUGGAGACCAUCAAUAUAAGAGCCUACCACCCUACCAUAAUAUGUACAUGCAUCUUAACAAUAUGUUUGUUCUGCAACACUACAUUCAUGGUCAGUUCUUUCUGCUGCCUUUUCUUCAGUUUCUUUCUUAAUUACUCGUGUUUCAGUUUUAGAGCUUCUUCUCAAUGACCAAUCAAUCUAUUAAAUCUUUACAUUUCAGUUUAGAAAAGGAAAACUGAGGGACUCCGUAAUGCUCUGUGACAGAUUAUUAUACAAGUUAGGAGAAACAGCUAUACUGUGUUAAUUGUAACAACGAAGAAAGGAAAUGGCAAAAAGCUUAAGAUAGGGCAGGCGAAAAGAUGCAAAAAGAUACCUCAUGUCUCAGUGAGAACACAGGCAUCUGAGCAGACCCUAUGGGAUCUACAGAAUACAUUUCAGCCAUGAUGUCUGCCAUAUUUGAAUUAGAUAAUUUCUAGAGCUAUGGAAAGAUAAACAGGACCACCUAAGUUAUGACUAACAUUUGAGUGUCCUCUGAGUUCCUCUGAGUAGGCAGUGAUGAAUGAGACAGAGCUUCUCUGAGGAGCUAAUGGUCAAGUGUAGGAAACAGAUUAUCAUAGAACUAAAAUACAUAGUUAAAACAAAAACAUCUUAUAAAUAUUAAUGGGAAAUUUUUUUUAAUGAAAAAAUAAAAUUCCCUUUAUUUAUAUCAAACUCAGUUUGGCUAAUGUGAGAGAAUAGGUAUUAGAAAAGGAGAAGGGGUGGGAAGCAAAAGAGAAGGGAGGAGAAGAGGAAAAAAAUGGAGCACAGGGGCUGCUGGAGAAGGACUGGGGAACAGAAGGAAAUGGAAUCUACAUGGUGAUAGAACAUAAAAGGAAUGCUUUGUCUGCUUCAUUUUAUCUAGACUGAAGGUGGAGAAGAAGUAGACUAGAUACAAUUUUAAGUUCUAAACUAUAUUCUUGAACUCCCAAUACCCAUCCUCUCCUCAUACAAAAGGCAUUUUCUGAAGGGUGGAGAAUCCUAUCCUGACACAGUAGACACCAUUCUCAAAUUGAAGACCAGAGGGUCUUCCUGAAUUGAAAGGAAGAGCCUUUAGAGACUUCCUUAAUUAGAAGCCAUGUCACUUCUAGGCCAUGUGACAGCUUCACCUGGAGAAGUGUAGAGUUCUGAAACCAAUCUUUCAGAGCCUUUCAGGCUUUGAUCACUCAAAAAUAGGCGAUGAGCUCAUUUUGGAAAUGCUCUAUUCCUUUUAUGAAAUGAUGCAGAAAAACUGGUGGAAAAUAACUAACAGUGGUAUUUUUGAUUGACAUUCUAGACCCGCAAAACAUUAGUAAUCUAGAUAACGAGAUUAAUAAAAUAAUCUGGAAUUAAUAAUCUAUAAUUAAGAAACUAGAUAAAAUCAAAUCCCAGGGUACAUAUUUUACUAUAGAAUUUAUUCGCACUUCACAAUGCCUGAUUUAGGAGCAAUUGUAGAAAUUUACUUGUGUUUUGAGAUGAAAGACACACAUUGAUGUUGUGCUAGAGAAAUACUUUAUAAAGAUGGGCAGGAAGAGGCCCUGUGUUUGGAUGUGUACGUUAUAGAGUACUUGUGAACACCUUCACCCUACCAUUUCCUCUUAAAUGUUUAGGAGAACAGCUGAGCCAUUCUCUCCAUAAUGUAGACAUGGUUCAACAAAUGGAAUUCUCAGGUCAGUUCCUCUAUCUACAGACUUUAAAUGUGAUACAGAAGCCACUAGCUUUAUAGCACACCAGCGAUGAACUCAAGAUGUAGCUAUAAUUAGGACUUGGAAACACAGACGAAAGACAGAAGGAAUCUUCAGUUUCCUUUACCAUAACUUUGAAAAUAGAAAACGGGUGCCAUCUUGUGGUUAUUUUAAUAAGGUCGCUCUUAAACAAUGACUUUCUGGAGAGGCAACUUGACAAAAUCUCCUAUUUCUUUCUCCUUGAAAAUACUGUUAAAAUUACCUUUCUUAAACUCUUGGACUUGGUACUCUUACAAUCUGGAGAUUUCAUUAAAAUGCUAGACCUACCCACAUAAAAACACAAUCACAAUAAUAUUAGGUGACUACCAACCAUGAAAACAUGUCAAGCCAUUUUCGUAAUUCUUAAGAACCGCUCAAGACCUGCCUCUCGGUUGCGAGCAUGUUGAAAGGUAGGUAAAGGUUUUUGUAAAAAUGGUGACAUGAACACAGGGGUCCCUCCAUCCUGGGAACUGCGGGUGGAAUAGAUCCAAGAUAAAUACCCACUUUUCAGCCCACUUAUUUCCUUCUAACUUUUUACAAGAAGAAGAUAUGUUACGUUUGUAGUUAACAAAAAGAGUCACUAAACCAGGGGUAUAAGGUUCACCUUACCCGAGAACUGUGUUACUGGAUGAUCCCUGGAAAGGUGACACCGUGUGUGUGUGUGUGUGUGUGUGUGUGUGUGUGUGUGUGUGUGUGUAAGCCUUGUAGAAGAGGCACGCAUCUUACCAUAAAGUAGUGUUUGUGUACUAACUUUCUGGGAGCAUCAGGCACGCCACAGACAAAUUUGGGGCUGGAUGGGCUAUGAGUCAAAACACGUGCUCCCCAACGGGAGCCUCCAGGAUCCGGGCACAAGCGGCCGGAACUCAAAUAGACUUCCACAGAAUUUCUCCAGGAAACCGUCGUGUGGGGUGGAGACGGGCGCUUGGUCCAGUGGCUGCUUUCUAAUCUGCUGUCACGUUUGAGACCCUGGCCUUUCCUUCCCGGAAAUGAGCCUUCCUCCCUGCAAGGUGGCGCCAGAGGCCUGGCCGGAGGCGGAGGCGCAGGCGGAGCAGGAGCCCCCAGCGGAGGAGCUGGAGCCCAGGUCAGAGCUGAGGCGGCAACCCGAGGCAGGGCUGGGCUCAGAGCCACUCCCAGCCUCUAAGCACCAGUCAGAGCAGUUCUUCGGUGGAAGACAGGAACCCGAGAUGACCUGGGCUUCGGGGCAGUUUCCAGAGCCCGCUGGGGUGCCCCAUUCACAUCCGGUGUCAGUGAGGGGGGACUCCUCGCUGCCCGCCUCACCGUCGGAAAACCAGGUGUCCGAGAGACCCCGUUGCCACACCGACUGCCUGGAGGGGCCCCUCUCCUGCCUCUUCCGAAGGCUGGGAUGCGAAGUGGGUGUGCACCCCUGGAUCUUCCUGCUGGCGCCCAUGGUGCUGACAGCUGCUCUGGGCACCGGUUUGAUUUACCUGCCCAAGGACGUAGAAGAAAACCUCGAGGAGCAGUACACCCCAAUAGGGAGCCCAGCCAAGGCCGAGCGGCACUUUGUGCAGGAACGCUUCACCGCCAACGACUCUCACCGCUUCUCCAUCUCCAGGAAGAGCACCGAGGUCAAUUUCACUUGUAUUCUAGCGGUCUCCAACACCACCUCCCUGCUAGAACCAGCAAUCUUAUCAGAAGUUAGUAAAGUGGAUGACGUGAUCCAGGAUCUGUAUGCGAUGGGGGAAAACGGAACCCAGAUCCACUACAAUCAGGUGUGUGCCAAGCACCAGGGUCUCUGCGUGCCUUCCAACCCACUCCUGUAUGCCUGGCAGAUGAACAGGGACCUCGACCUGAGAAAUGUCACUUUCCCAAUCUACAACCACACCUGUCAGCCCAUCUACCUGGCUGGCACCAUUGGAGGAACCUUCUUAGGCGAGAGGAUGGGAAUGAACCAGUUACUCCUGGAAGCCAAAGCCGUGAGGCUGCUCUACUACCUGAAAACUGAGGAUGGAGAGGACAACGAACAUGGUGGUCUACUUUACAUCAACUUCUACACAACGGAACUUGAAGCAACCUUGAUGACAGUGAUCCCUUUGGUUCACUUGGCAUAACUUCUAAUCAUAUUAUUUGCAGUCCUAUCAUGCUACAGGUGUGACUGUGUACGAAACAAAAUGUGGGCUGCAACCUUGGGAGUGAUUUCUGCUGCCUUGGCAGUGGUGAGCGGCUUUGGCCUGAUGUUGUACAUUGGGGUGCCGUUUGUGAUUAUAGUUGCAAAUUCACCAUUUCUUAUUCUAGGUGGGUAAAACCAAAUGUGAAGCUACACAUUGUGUAUGUGGGGGUAUGGGGUAGAUAAGGGAAGGAAUUUAUGUUAGAUUAAGCAAAAUAAUUAUAUUCAGGUGGCUCCACAGAUCCAAAAUGAGGUGACAGGAGAGAAGAAAAUCAAAUUGAAGUGUGUGUGUUUAGAGGCAGAAAAAUCUAGUACCCCAGAUGGAAAACCACAGACAAGAGACAUGAACAGGCAGUUCACACAUACACACAAACACACACACACACACAUCCCUCACUGGAAGUAGAGGGAAAAACUAAUUUGACUUCUCAAUUAAUGAAUGGAUGCAAAUUAAACCAAAAGUGAGAUACCUUGUCUUCUUAUUAAAUUAAUAAAUAUUAGCAAGAUUGAAGAUAUGAGGAAGAUUGUAUAUAAAUGAAUAUUCAUUCUGCUGGGAGAAAAUUAUAAAUUGUUACACACUUUUUUAAAUCCAAUUUGCAGCAAAUCAAAAGAGUUAAACAGCAAACAGCAAAUAUCUUUGGCUUAACAAUUCCAUUUUUAGAAAUUUGUCUUAACGGUUAUACAAGUACUCAAAGAGCAGAACGAGUAUGUUCACUUCAGCAUUAUUUAGAACGGAAAAGUUUUGAAAACUUAAUUCCAUGUCAACAUGGGAUUGGUCAACUCAAACACAGCACAGUAAUACUUUUGAAUCAUAUCCAGUCUUCAAAAGGAGGUAGAUAUAUAAUGUUAAAUGAAAAAUGCUGGUAUUGAAACCAGGUGUUUGAAAUAGAUACAGUUAUAUGUGCAUAUUUGUAUAGAGCAAAUUCUGGAUGGAUAUACAUAAAAAUGCAGGGUGGAAUUACUGUUGUUUACACUUUUUCUCUGCAUUUUCUUGUACUUCCAGAAUUUAUUUGACAAUAAGCAUGAAAAACAAAGGUGUUUAUAUUAUAUUUUAUUUU